CCCGAGGGAAGUGCUGGGAUUUCCAGGCUGCGGCAAAGAAGGACAUCGGCUGGAUAAUGCUCGGAGGGAAGGAGCUGGUGGCCUGUGAGCAUGGCUGACAAGAACAGCACCCUGAAAUGCACGUUCUCUGCUCCUGGCCACAGCACCACGCUGCUGCAGGGACUGGCCUCGCUCCGAGCCCAGGCUCAGCUGCUUGAUGUCAUCCUCACUAUAAAUAAUGAAGUGUUUCAGGUUCAUAAAGUUGUCUUGGCUGCCUGCAGUGACUAUUUCAGGGCCAUGUUCACGGGCGGGAUGAGAGAAGCCAGCCAGGACGUGAUCGAGCUCAAGGGCGUGUCUGCCAAGGGCCUGAAGCACAUCAUCGACUUCGCCUACAGCGCCGAGGUCACCCUGGACCUCGACUGCAUCCAGGACGUGCUGGGAGCCGCCGUCUUCCUGCAGAUGGUGCCGGUGGUGGAGCUGUGCGAGGAGUUCCUCAAGUCGGCCAUGAGCGUGGAGACGUGCCUCAACAUCGGCCAGAUGGCCACCACCUUCAGCCUGGCCUCCCUCAAGGAAUCCGUGGACGCCUUCACCUUCAGGCACUUCCUGCAGAUCUCCGAGGAGGAGGAUUUCCUCCACCUGCCCCUGGAGCGCCUGGUGUUCUUCCUGCAGAGCAACAAGCUCAAGAGCUGCAGCGAGAUCGAGCUGUUCCGCGCCGCCGUGCGCUGGCUGCAGUUCGACCCCGCGCGCCGCGCCAGCGCCAGCCGCGUGCUCUGCCACAUCCGCUUCCCGCUCAUGAAGUCCUCGGAGCUGGUGGACAGCGUGCAGACCCUGGACAUCAUGGUGGAGGACGUGCUGUGCCGCCAGUACCUGCUGGAGGCCUUCAACUACCAGAUCCUGCCCUUCCGGCAGCACGAGAUGCAGUCCCCGCGCACGGCCAUCCGCUCGGACGUGCUGUCCCUCGUCACCUUCGGCGGCACCCCCUACACCGACAACGACCGCACCGUCAGCUCCAAGGUGUUCUGCCUGCCCGACGCGGGCGGGCGCCAGUUCCGCGAGCUGACCAGCAUGGAGGUGGGCAGCAGCCACUCCUGCGUGGCCGUGCUGGACAACUUUGUGUACCUGGUGGGAGGGCAGCAGCUGCAGUACCGCAGCGGGGAGGGCGCCGUGGACGUCUCCUACCGCUACGACCCCCACCUCAACCAGUGGCUGCGCAUCCAGGCCAUGCAGGAGAGCAGGAUCCAGUUCCAGCUCAACGUCCUGCGCGGCAUGGUGUACGCCACGGGCGGCCGCAACCGCUCGGGCAGCCUGGCCUCGGUGGAGAAGUACUGCCCCAAGGACAACGAGUGGACCUACGUGUGCUCGCUGAAGCGCAGGACGUGGGGCCACGCCGGCGCCACCGUGGGGGACAGGCUGUACAUCUCGGGGGGCUACGGCAUCUCCGUGGAGGACAAGAAGGCCCUGCACUGCUACGACCCCGCCGCCGAUCAGUGGGAGUUUAAGACGCCCAUGAACGAGCCCAGGGUGCUGCACGCCAUGGUCAGCGCCAACAGCAGGAUUUACGCCCUGGGUGGCCGCAUGGACCACGUGGAUCGGUGCUUUGAUGUCCUGGCCGUGGAAUAUUACGUCCCCGAGACGGACCAGUGGACCACGGUGAGCCCGAUGCGCGCGGGGCAGUCGGAGGCCGGCUGCUGCCUCCUGGAGAAAAAGAUUUACAUCGUGGGGGGCUACAACUGGCACCUGAACAACGUGACCAGCAUCGUGCAGGUCUACAACACGGAGACGGACGAGUGGGAGAGGGACUUGCACUUCCCAGAGUCUUUUGCUGGCAUCGCCUGUGCCCCCGUCAUCCUCCCGCAGGUGACGAGCCAGAGGUGACUCGGGGGACUCUGGGGGAGAGGGAAGGACAGAACAGCUCCAGAAUGUCCCUCCUCGUGCUGGGGAGUCCUGGCAAGCCAGUUCCAUCAGCAGCACUCGUCAGCCAGGCAGACUGAACAGGUGUUACAGCUGGGAAAAGCUUUUCUCUCCUCUCUCAGCCAUUUUUGUGGUGGGGGGUGCGUUUUGCCAACUUUUCGUAUUUUUAACGCACUGCAAACAUUGGCAGCUCAGGAGUCACUCAGCACUGGGGUCUUGUUUCCAAGAGAUCAGGUGAGGGUUUUUUAUCAAUAGCUCCAAAAAUAAAAAAAUCAUCGUGUGUCGCUUUGUUGGUUUUUUAGCAAACAAAAAAAAAACAAAACCAAAACCUGUGUAACACACUGACCUCCAGAAGCAAUAAAAGGACAGUGGGAGCUACAAGAGCUCAGGUGCUUGGAUUGGGAAGGCAGAUCCCUGUUUUUCAAAGGUGACUUUUCCUUUUUUUUCCCUUCCUGAAAAAGGGAAUAUUUAUCCCUGCACACCUCUGGUCUUCACUGCUUGGAUCCCGCUGCAGUUCCUCGCCCCCUCCAGCUCCUCUAGUGCAGAAAUUCUCCCUCAAUUGGGGCGUGCAGAGUUUGCAGCACUAAAGCCAUGGUGAAAGCUUGCUUAUAUAUAAACAAGCAUGAUUAUUUGGGUUUAGAAGUGCCAAAAAUUUGGCUGCCCUGGCAAUAAGAGCUCUGCAGUCAGUGAAGCCAAGAGCUCCUGCGGAUUCUGGGUCAGGGUUUCCACCUUUCCCAGCACCUUCAUCCCAACUCUUCCUCCAGUAAAGGAGGUGGGUGCUACUCCUUCAGCAGCUGGAAGGUUUUCUUCCCUGCCAUGUGAAUGAGCUGCUUGGCAUCCCCAAAUGACGGGAGUCCCAGUGGAACGUGGUUUUGUUGUUGUGGUGGUAUUUUCAAUUAAGAGGUUGGUUUAAGAUUGCCAUUUUUGUAAAAUCUUCACUGCACAGAACACUCCCUGAACUUUCCUCUCUUCCAAGCCAUUUUCCUUAUUUAAUUUGAUGGAUGAAUUGCAAAAAUCUCUGCUUUUAUCAGGAAUUCUGUUUCCAAGGGCUUUGUUUUGUAUCUGUGUCAGCUUGAUUUGGAUGCACACGGUCUCCUUUUGUAGAGAAGCUGUUGCAUUCUGCUCUGAAAUAAAUCCUGGGCUGCGACCUUUAGUGACAA